GCAAGUUAGAAGUUCAGUCGUGACGCGGACGACACGCGCGAUAGUCAACAAACGGGAUAGGGGUGUCGAUAAUUGCUGUGUGAUUUGAUCGUUAGUUUCGUAAUAGUUGCUAUUGCUAUUGCUGUUGUUGCAGUUGUUGUUGUUGUUGUUGUUGUUGCUGUUGUUGUUGCUGUUAUUAGUUAGUUUUAGUUUAGUUGAUUGCUCACGAAUUGGUGGAAGAAGAACAAUAUAAAUGGGCCAUGAGCUACGUGAUGACAAUGUUAUCGAGAGGUGUCUCUAGAUCGUGCCAUCGGCUUGUAAUAGGCGUCGUGCUUACUACCUUCAUCGUCAGCUCGAGUUCUCAGAUAGUCGGUGAGUUUCCUGAAAACAGUCAAUGGUUCGAUGAUCAUGCGAAUCCAGAUUUUAAAGAAGCUAUUGUGAAUGUCACAGCCUCUGUAGGAAGAGAAGCUAUAUUAGCAUGCGUGGUGCAAAAUCUUGGUGGUUAUAAGGUUGCAUGGCUCCGAGUCGACACUCAGACGAUUCUCACAAUCGCGAAUCAUGUGAUCACUAAAAACCACAGGAUUGGGGUUACCCACAGUGACCAUCGAACUUGGUUCUUGCACAUUCGUGAAGUACGCGAAACUGAUCGCGGUUGGUACAUGUGCCAAAUAAAUACAGAUCCGAUGAAAAGUCAGACCGGUUUUCUUGAUGUCGUUGUACCACCGGAUAUAAUCGAUCACGAGACAAGCACAGACAUGGUUGUACGAGAGGGUAGUAAUGUAACACUACGCUGCUCAGCAACCGGGUCACCGUCUCCAAAUAUCACCUGGCGUCGUGAAGAUGGCCAGAUAUUCCUCGGGAAUGACCAGAAAGUUAAAAGUGUCGAGGGAUCGUAUUUACGAAUAGUCAAAGUUACUCGUGGACAUAUGGGAUCAUAUUUGUGCAUCGCGUCGAAUGGUGUGCCGCCUUCAGUCAGUAAAAGGAUCAUGCUAAUUGUUCAUUUUUCACCGAUGAUAUGGAUACAGAAUCAACUGGUUGGUGCUCGAAUUGGCCAAAUGAUGUCACUUGAGUGUUUGUCAGAAGCAUAUCCUAAGUCAAUAAACUAUUGGACGAAAGACAAAGCUGAAAUAAUUGCUCAAGAUGGCAGAUAUGAGCCGGUUCUUGAUGAAAAUGCUUACAAGGUCAAAAUGAAACUAACAAUACGUUCCGUUACUCCUGCUGAUUUUGGUACAUAUAAAUGUGUGUCCAGAAAUUCUUUAGGUGAUACUGACGGAACUAUUAAGCUCUACGAAAUCACAUCAGAUAACGAGCACGAUGCAUACGGUGACACUGAAUACAGAGGAAAGUUGAGAAAAAAUUCGGGUAAUAAUUUGCUUGAUGGAAAUCAAGAUAUGCCGAAAGAACGAGACUUAAAGCUACGGGGACGAAAAGAUAACGACGCAGAUGAGGAUGAAGAUUACGAUGAGUCAAGAUCAGGAUCUAUGCACUACUUGUCAGUCGUCAUCGUUGCAUUGGUACUUUGCUUUCAUCAGCAUCUACAGCUGCAGUCUCUUCAUACCGCUUGAGAGGAUAAACCUCCGCUUCACUUCCUUACUACGUCAUUAGGAUCAUCCACUAGAGUAAAAACACGCAAGAGAGACAGCUUAUUUAAUGUACGACCCGUUAAAAUCGGUCAUCAAAAAUGUAAAAGCUUAAUACUCUUAAAAUACUGACGAUAACAUUAAACUCCUUAACAGCUUCUAAAUAAUAAGAUAACGACAAGCGUUAAGCUGCGAUUAUAAUUACCAGUGAUAAUAAUUAAUUAAUUAAUCAUCAGUAAAUAUAAAGACAAAAUAAAAUAAACAUCAUAAUGAUGUUUUGUACAGUAUCGAUUUUAAAUUUAUAUUAUAAUUACAAAACAAUAAAUACGUGCGUGCUUAUUUCAACAAAACUGUUUUAUAAAAAAUAUAAAAACAAAGUAUAUAUUAAACCAUCGCAUUUAAUAAUAUUAAUAAAUAUGAGUCAAUAGUGCAUAUGUAAGUUUAUUUAUUAAUAAAAUAGAUUUACAGAAGCUUUAAUAUGUACUGUCGUCGAUAAAUGCAUUCACGAUUCAUAUAAUUAUAUAAAUAUAAAUAAUACACAUACAUAUGUAUAUCUAUACAUACAUGAAAAUAUAAACAUGCCACGAAUGUAAAUAAAUUACGCCCAAAAAAAAUAUAUGCAUAUAUAUAUAUUUAUAUAUAUGUUUAUGUGAAAUAAAUGUAUGUAGAUCAUGACUACGAUUAAAUAUAAUAAAAUUAUAUCAUACAGAGAAUAUUUACACGCAUCGCUUCGAUGUUAUAUCAUAAAAUAAUAAAUACGUUAAUGGUGCCUUACACCUUUAAUAUAAAUUCAAAUAUUUAUACUUGAUAUAUAUUUAUAUUUAUAGUUCUGUGGAAAAAAUAUGUAACAAUGAGGAUUUCAAGAUAUAUUUUUAUGCGUAAAAAUUAUAUAUUUAUUUGUGCAUUUAUAAUUAUUAUAUAGUUAAGUACUUAAAUUAAUAUGAAAUUUUUUAUUUUAAAUUUAAAUCGAAGUAAUGCGUGUAAUUUAAUGAAUAAUGGAUAAUGUACAGUAGAGAUUAUUUAAAAUAAUGUACGUAAUUAUUAUAAAAAGUUUAUGUGUGCAACAAUAAUUCGAAUGACGUUCCGAAUGCCAUUUAAAUACACGCUUGAAUAUAAAUAUAAAUAUUUGUAUAAUUAAUAACAAUUUUAUUUAUAUAUGUAUGCGUCAGUGUGAACGUCUAGGGGAUUAUAGUACGUGUUAAUGUCGUAGGGUAGUUGAGAUAUUUAUUGUACGACCUUUUGAUCUUUUACAAACAAGAGGGUGAAGCAGAGAUUUCUGUUAAUCUUACGUUUAUUUUUUCGAGUAUUAAUAGUCGUUAUGUAUUGACAGUUCGGGUUUCAAUUUAUCAAUGAAAAGUGAAAGAUUGUUGGUGAAAUUUGAAAGUUUUAAUAAAAUAAAUUUGUAUGAAUAAUUAAAAUUAGUUUGGGAGUUGAAGAACGUCCUGUUCAGCUAAAAAUUAAUAUUUAUGUUGAAGAUAAUCUCUUUUAAUUACAAUUCGUAAAACUCUCGUUGAGAAACAAGUGAAGUGUAAAAGUAACUGAGAAAACAUAAAUGAAAAUGAUAAAAUUAGAAAUAUCACUCUUGCAUUUUUCUGUAAUCAAAUGAAUCGCGUUAAAUUUUUUUUUAAAAUUGGCAUGAGUAGCUCAAAUUUUUGAAGGCUCACAAAAAUACUCUUUUGCCAUACCUACAAUGAUAGUUCAAAUUUCUGCCCUGUUUGGAGGAAAGAAAGUUCUUUCUUUCAUGAGAAAACGAAUGGAAAAAUUUGCGCACGUGCGAUUUUUCCGACAGAGGCAAAAAUUUAAACUUUCAAGUGCAGGUUUAGUGAAAAAUCGUAUACACGUCACGGAGGAAGCUAACUCUUUUAAAAUAUAUCAUUGAAAAGACCUGCAAAUCAGUGAAUAUUCACUACGAAACAGUCCCAAGUAUGUCACUGAUUUAAUUAGUGAUAUACUUGGGACUAUUUGUGCAGUGAAUAUUCACUGAUCGGAGUACUUUUUACUGAUUCAUUUUAAGAGAGAUGACUCUAAUCAGCGUGUCGGCAAUUAUAUACACGGGUUGGAAUGUCUUACUUUUCUCCUUCGGUGUGUAAUAUACUAAUUUAUGGUUUUUUUAAAUUUGCAGUCGAGUCGCAUUAUGAGUCCGCCGACUUAUAUUUCUAUUGAAGACAUUCCCCCUCUAUGGCUAUGAAAAUAAUCAUGUACACAAUCAUACGCUUGUAAAGUAGGGGAAGUAUGAGUUACGGCGUUCGACUGCUGAGCAGAUGUGGGGGUAAAGGAAUUCUUAGAUUAUAUUCCCUUACACUCCUGUAGGCGGGUUCAUACUGCGACUCGACUGUAUUAUAGUUGUUUUUUUAUAUUUAUUCGAGCUGAUAAAAUAUAACAAAAAAAAUUACGCAUUUAAAAUUUAUGAAAAUUUCAAUUUUAUUUGAAAAAAAAAAAAAAUAAUACAGUCAGACCUCAUUGUAAGACUAUUUGCUGUCUCUUUUAUAAACCAGGUAUUGCGAUAGUUUGAGAGAGAAACUAAUAGUCUUAUAACGAGGUCAUACUGUAAUAAUUUUUUAAUGAAAAUAAUCCAAAUAAAAUGACAUUUAAUUUAAAACAAAAUUAAUAAUAUGUUUGGCAUUUACGGAUACUUGCUCUGUGAUACUCAGAGUUAAAAUAAAGAUCGUCAAUCUACUGAUCGAUCAAAAAUAACUUUAUGGUGAAAUUGCAAUGUCGGGAGUGCCUUCAAUAUCUUACUUUAAUGAUAAAUUCAUUUUAAGAAUAUAAAUUUAACUACAAAAAUCCUCUCCAAAAUUACUAAAGUCAUUAUAAAUGUACAUCAGUAUUUAUACCAUCGAGACAUACUUUUGAAUUCAUCAAGUAUUCAUCAUUUAAGUUAUAAUUACUUGAUAAAUUUCAAUUGAGUAUAACUUCUUACAUAUGAAACAUUUCAAUUUGUCGAAUCAUUUAAUUUUAUAUAAAUUUACUUUUAACCCUAGAGCGAAUAAUUUUUGUACCAUAAAUUUUUCAAUUGGCAACUUAGGAAAUAUCAUUUAUAAAAAAAAUACCCGCAAAAUUUCAAAAUAAAUAACCGGCUGCUCAAUUUCAAAACACAGCAAAUGAAAAAUUUUUCGAGAUCGAUUUCUUAGUAUUUUUAGUUCCAGUGGAGUCUUGUGAACAUGAUUCGAUGUAUAUUUCAAAAAUUUUAUUUUUGUUAGUUACUGUGUUUUGAAAUUGGGCAGUCGUAAUGCAGAGAAAAGUUGAGAUCACAUAAAAUAAAAUCAAGCGAAAAUGUUAAAUCGAUAUCAGUGCGAUGAUAACAAUAAUUAUCUCAAUUUACUUUUGAAUAAUUUGUCUAAUCAAACUUCUAAAAAAAAAAAAAAAAAAAAAACAAUCUUUCACCUUGACAUUUAAAAACUAAUGAUAACGUCAAAGUUCACAAUCAUUUUUAAAAAAAAACAAGUCAUUAGUAUAAAAAUAUUUAAUGUUACUACAACCUCUUGACAUCAACAAACGAUUAUACGCUCCCUAAAAACAGAGGAUAAAAAAAAGUUUAAUAAAAAUACUGAUCAUUGUUGAGUUUUAUUACUCACUGACUCAUAUACUUGACUCAAAGACCAACAUAAAUAGAUUUACAGCAAAAGAUUUUAUCUACCAUAGAUGAAACGCAAGUUUAAUCAUGCGAAAAUGAUCAGGUACUUCCCUACUGCUAUUGUGAAGAAAAUAAAAUAAAAAAAAUAAAUAGUCACAGAGUAUUAAACCCAUGCAUUGAGGGCAGAUUGUAAUCGUAAAAUAAUUUUUUAUUUUUAUUCAUCAGACAUAAAAAGCAAAAUUACAUACAAAACUUAUUUUAUGAAUCAGUUAUACUACUUUUCGCAUCAGUUACUCGAUACUGCUGUACAAUAUACAAAGACGACCACAUACUGGCAUAUAUAAUCACGUGAGAGACUUAAAUUCUACAUCACUAUUUAAUCACUGCCCUUACAUACUUUACAUCCCCAAGACUUUGCUCGUUAUAUUCGACAUUAUUUGAGGAUCGCAUUCAACAUAAAAUCACUUCCACACUAUUGUGUUACCCUGUAACGAAAACUUUUUAUCUGACUUAAUAUCAUUUACUCUAUUCACCCUCUGCUCUCUCAGUUAUAUAUAUAAUGUGAAUUACAAGUCAUUGAUCAUAUAAAUAAAUAGAGCGUUAGCGUAGACAGUAAAGCUGAGUGUUGUUUGAUGUAUAAUUCAACAAUCACUAACUCAAUUUAUAUUAUUUCAUAAAAUUCUCAUGUCAUAAACACGUCUCGACUGUAUAUUAAAUUCAUUGAAACCAAUACAGUUCACUGAACGAUCAAUCAUUGACUCACAUGUAAAUAAGCAAAAGGAUAUUGAUUAUAUUUAACAAAUAAUUGACUAUAAUUUCAGAUAAUAUAUAUUAUUAUUAUUAUUAAUGAUAAUUAAUAUCAGUUUCAUUAAUUGGUAAUUUAAGUAUUCAAUUAAAUGCUUUUAUUAGUUCAUAUUUAUAAGUUAAUAUUUAAAUGUGCGACUUUUAUAACAUAUAUAUAAAUAUCUGAAAAAAAACAAUUUGGAUCGAUCUAGACCGAAGUUAAGUAAUUCAAAUAUUCGGUUCGAAUUUCUAAGAUUAAAUCUCAACUCAUUAAAAUUUAAGAAUUUGUAGAAAAAUUUCCACAAUUAUUUUGGGUCUAAGAUCUACAUAAAUAUAAUGAGAUAAAAGUGAAUCUAAAUUUUAAAGACUGAGGUCUAGUGAGACUUGAAUUAUUUUUUCUACCCAGGUCCAAAAAAUAACUUGAUUUUGGCGUGAUUUUAAAAAUUGAAAAUAAAACAAGUCAAGUUUAAGUUAGUUUUUUAAUAAAUGAAAAACACAUUUGGUUUUGACUUGCUUUUGACUAAGUUGUCUUACUUAGUACCGAUUUACGUCAACUAAGUCACAUUCAAGUCAGGUUUGAUUUAAAAUUAAGUCAUUAAAGUCAAAUUUAACUCAACAUGACUUUAAUUUGACUUAAUUGACGUUCAGUUUGGAGUCAAAUAAGUUAAAUCCAAGUCAAACUUGACUUAAAUUUGACUUUAAUUACUUAAAUUUGUCAUUGAAGUCAGAUCCACGUUAACGUGACUUUAAUUUAGCUUAAAUUUACUUCAUUGAAGUCAAAUACAAGUCAACAGGAUUUAAAUCUAAGUCAAAUAAGUUAAAUCCAAGUCAACGCGACUUCAAUUUGACUUAAAUUUACUUCAUUGAAGUCAAAUACAAGUCAACAGGAUUUAAAUUUAAGUCAAAUAAGUUAAAUCCAAGUCAACGCGACUUCAAUUUGACUUAAAUAUCCUUCAUUGAAGUCAAAUAUAAGUCAACAUAACUUUAUUUUAAGUCAUGUAAGUUGAAUUCAAGUCAAACUUGACUUAAAUUUGACUUCAAUUUGUCAUUGUAGUCAAAUCCAAGUCAACGUUUCUUUAAUUCGACUUAAAUUUUUAAGUUAAAAAAGUCAUAUUGAAGUUAAAAAAAAGUAAGUGUAGCGAAAAUUAAGUUAAUUGAGUCAAAUGCAAGUCAAAAUAAUUACAGCAGUCGAAAUAAAAUUAAUUUAGCCAAAAGUCAGUCUAAAAAUUCGAAGUCAAGUUAUUUUUUUGACCCGGUUGGGUACGAAAUUGUUUUAUUAAUACGCACGUCAAUGGAUAAAAUUAUUUUUUUUAUGCUUUUUGAAUAUUAUAAUAAAACAAUAUCCUUAUCAUAAAAUUUGUAUUUGUAUGUUAACAAAAGAGUAAUUAGUGCAAAUGAAUAUAUAUAUAAAUAAUUUAUCAAAUCUCUUUACGGACUUAUGAAAAUUUAUGAAAAAAUAUUAUCUUAAAUAUCUCGAAAGAAAAGUAUUUAAUAUAUUAAAUUUGAAAAAUUUUAUUUUGGAAAAUAGAUUAAAGUUUAAUAAAAUUUCUUUUGUCCGUUAGAGAGUUAAAUAUAUACUAGUAUUUAAAUUAAAAAUAUAAGAGAUAUCAAUGCUACUUAAUUUGCAUGUAUUGCGCCUGAGUAAUGUAAAAAAAAAAAAAAAACAUAUUGCACAUUAUAUUUGUACAACCAAUUGCAUUUAAAAAUGUAUAUAAGAAAAAAAUAUAUAUGACGUACAUUUAAUUGAAUGAUAAAAAAAUUGAUUACAUCGGCCUCUUGGAAAAUUCACCCGACAAUAUUUUUAUGAUUACAUGUAAAAAGAAUUUAAAUGAUAAGAGAAAAAAUAUAUACGCUAUUGAAAAAUAUAUUAAUGACAGAAACGUAUAAGAGCAAUUAUAAUAGUAUUUAAUGAUUACGUUAAUUAUAUUAAUUGAAUAAAAAAUAAAUAAUAAAAUAACUCACCGUCUAGUGUAUAUGUAGUACUUAGUUUUGUAAUUAUGGAAAUAAUUUAAUUAAUUUUAUUAAAUAAAUAGGAUUUUAAAAUUUAAUGGUCUAAGGGUAGUAAUUUUUAAAGAAUUAUCUUCAACCUUAAUGCAGUGUAUUGACGCUUUUUAUUAUUAUUUUCUUUAUAUAUAUAUAUAUAUAUAUAUAUAUAUAUACUGUGCUAGUAUAUUAAAGUCUGAGGUGUCUGAAUUAAUAAUCCAUUUUACACGAUAUUAUAAUACCAAUUCGCCGUAACCCUCACUUUACUUUGCAUAUCUACUAAAAUAAUUAACCCUAUGAGAACGUCAAUUAAAUUUUCAUUGCCUCAAAUUAUUAAAAUACAGGCAGUUAUUUUAAGGUCACAUUUUUUGAGGUACUCAAGAAAUCGUUUUUUUUUUUUGGUCAC